CCGGUAUGCGAAGGACGGCUGACGACUUGCCUUCAACUCUCGAGACUACGCUAUCGCCGAACGACCGACAGCGACCAGCCCUCGACCACCCUCGACCAGACCGCGAAUUUCAUCUCUGGCAGAUUAAUUCCAUCCGAAAUCCGGAACACGCAUCCGAUACCAGCACAUUUGCCACUGAGCCGGCUACAGGACCGGGUAGGCUGUGCGACCCUCGACGACGACGCGCAUCAGCUAAACGCCUCCGCUACGACCCUCGCCCAUUCCUCCCCCCUUCGCCUCCCCCCCCAGCCGAAUCGAGUCUCUGCCCGACCUGCCCUUGGCCCUCCGGGAGAAGCGCCCUCGAACACCAGGUCGCCGCCGCCGCCGCCGCCGCCGCCAACCAAGACGAUAAACCCAAACCAUCAAACCCGGAAAACGAUAAGGAGAUAAAUAAGACGCCCGCUACGAUGGCGACCGCGGGGCUCAAGACCAUCAUCGCGCUGUCGUUCGUGCUCGCCGUCGGCUUCCUGCUCGUGAUCCUGUCGUGCGCGCUGUACGGCGAGUACUACCCGCUGCUCGUCGUCGGCACGUACGUGCUCGCGCCCGUGCCGAACUGGGUCGCGGGCCGCUGCGCGAACCCGGACGACUUCGAGAGCGCCGGCACCGGCGUCCUCGACCUCGGCCGCUUCUGCACCGGCUUCCUCGUCGUCAUGGGCAUCGCCCUCCCCGCCGUCCUCGCCCACUCUGGCCUGAUCUGCGUCGCCGCCAUGGCCAUGUCCAUCAUCGGCGGCCUGCUGAUCUACGGGACCGUCAUCUCCUUCGGCAUGUUCUUCCAGGAGGAGCAGGAGUUCUAGCCGCGAGAGAACCCCCCCCCCCCAGGGUCUCUCCCUCCUCGUCUCCUCCACCUGUUUGCAAGGGACAAGGGGAAGAAAAGAGAAGAAGGAAAUCUCUCUCUCGCCUACGGCAUUCACACAUCAUCUAUCUACUUAAUAAUCGCGCGGACGCGCUGUUCCUGAACCUCGCUCGUCGCCGAGCAGCAGAGAAGGGGAGGGCGGAAGAUGCCUCGGGAGCUAGUUAGGGGGAGGACCAAUAUCUGCGGCCAGAGACGAGGCGUGGACGAGGGACGGAGACUGAGAUAGGGGGAGCGGAGAGCGACCGGCGGGAACGGCAGAGGAGACAGGUAGCCAACGUGUGCGAAAGGGCGCGGGGGGGAGAAGGGAAGGGAAGGGAAGAGGGGAGAGGCAAGCAGGCGAGAUCGGUUACGUUGUUAUUAUCGUCGUCCCAUGUAAUACCAUCUACAACACCGCGCGCGCACGCAUGAAACCUACGCAUCACACCCUCAUGUAGGUAGAUCGUGUGCCAUGUGACUUUUUUCAAAUGGAGUGGGGGCAGGACGCACACAGAGAGAGCGAGCGAGCCAGAGAAUAAUACACAUGAGGUUUUUUAUCCUACGAGC